AUGUCAACACAGGAGGAAGUCCAGGAGGCUCCUGAAGUGCCACUGCGCACGCUGAAUGAGUUUUCAAUCUUGAAUGCCAGCGCUGGCAACGCGCCCGUAAGCCUCGAAGCUCUGCACACGUUAGCCCCGGGUAGCGUGGUCGCCGUUGGUCUGGUACCCCCAGUUGACGGUCAACCUAAUACAGGUAACCAGAAGUUCAUCGCCCUCCAAACGCAGCCCAUUCUCGACUGGGUUAUUCAAUAUGGCGCCAAUCCGGGGGUAUGGAUAUGCACAGGGAAGGCCUGGUUCCGGCUCCAGAAUCCUGCGGCAGUGUACGCACCUAUGUAUGCGGCCAUACAACGGAAGGUGGACUUGUGCCUGCGCGCCGCCAGUGCCGUCGCGGCUAAUCCGGCGGUGAACCUGGCAGGCGCUGCAGCGACUUUGCUUCAGCCGGGUCAGCAGCCCGGCACGAGCCAGACGCCAUACAGUGUUGAGGUCCUUAAGCAGGAAAGCCCCUUCUUGGCGCCCCAGCUGGCCGCGUGGCGGUCCCGCAUCAACCCGCCGCCGCUGGUAAUAGAGCUGCAGCAGAUUGCCGCUACAGUCGUGGCGGCGCGGCGGCCGCCAGAGCAGCCGGUGGGGCCGUGCGCUGCGCACGGCGCUGGGUCAACUGCCGGGGGGCGCGGCCGGCGUGGGGGCCCUGCAGCUGGCGGUGGCCCCAAGCGGAAGCGGCUGAGCGGGACAGGCGAGGAGGAGCUUGAGGAAGAGGAGGUCAAGGUUCCUGUUAAGGGUCGCGGUGGUCGCGGCGGCGGUGCAGCUGGGCGCGGCCGUGGCGGCGCCUCGGCCUACGGCAGCGCCUCCGCACAUCGCAGCCGGUCCUUGACUCCCGCUGCGGCCGGCACGACCACCGUGGCUGCAGCCUCAGAAUUCGACGGCUACGUGGGCGAUGAGGAGCCGGACCUGGAUGAGCAUGAUGACUUGGCAAAUGAUGAGGAGGAUGAAUGGGGAGAGGGCGAGGAUGGUGAGGACGACCUCAGUGAGGAGGGCGAUGAGAUGGGACAGGUGAUUGUUGGGCGCUUUGCGGUGCAGGGGAUGUAUGCGGGUCUCAGUGCGGCUGAGCGAUCGGAACUGAAGCAGCAGCGCCGCGACGCCCGCUGGCAGCGGCGGCGGGCCGAGCAGCAAGCGGCCCUGGCGGCUGCUGAUGCCGCUCGCGGUGAGCCUCCGGCGCUCAACGCGGACUUCCGUGUGGACCCCGACAUGGUGCCGGAGGUGCUGGCGGUCUGGGAGAUGUGCAUGACCUUCGCGUUUAUGCUCCAGCUCCCGCCCGUACCCAUCCGUGCGCUCGAGUCCGCGCUCAUGCCCGGACCCCUCCCGCUGCGUAACCCCGAUGGAUCGCCACGCACUGGCAGCGACGGUAGCAUAUUGUAUGACACCCGCACGAUUGUGGAUCAUCAUUACAUUGCUUCAGCUGCGUUGCUGCGCGACCUGCACGCGGGUCUGCUGCGCAUGGUGGAUGGUCACGCGCCUCGCAAGCAGGAGUUGCCGCAAGAGUCUAAGCUGAUGGCGGACGAGGCCAAGACCGAGAACUGGGUGGAGCGUACUGCGUCGGCCAUCAACGGAGCUCCGCCGGAGGUGGUGGGAGCAGAGGCAAAGGCAGCGGCGGAGACACUCAAGACACGCGAGUACGUGCUCCUACCACCGCGCGCCAAGCUCAACAUCCUGCGGGGACUCAUCGAGCUGGCACUCGCAUCGGAUGUGCUGCGUGAGCACAUCAAUGCCCGCGUGGAAAUGCUUGCAGUGCCACUGCGCGCGCUUGCGUCGGCAGGGGUGUCUCUGGUAACGUGCGACGACGGCACGGUUAGGCGGGCGGUGGAGGGGCUGGUGCGGCCGGCGGAACCAGCUGGACCUGCGGAGGCGGAGGAUCCUGACUUCUGGAUCCGCUGGAUGGACAGCUGCAAGCUGGGACUGCGCAAGCCCGUUGGCACGGACGCUCGUGGCCGCCGGUACUGGGCCUUCGGUGCCAACGCGGGCGCCUGGCGGCUGUACGUUGAGACGGCGAAUGGGAGUAUAUGGGGCUGGUACGAGGGUGAGCAGCUGGUGGAGCUGCGGGACUGGCUACGCCGCGGCAAUAUCGGCCGCGAAGCGCCCUUGCUCCGCCUGUUGGAUAGCAUCUGGGUGCCAAAGAAGCUGACAAAAGGCCCGGUACACGAGGCGGGUGAGCUGGACGAGGAUGCGCUGAGCCGCGCCACAGUUCCGUGGGACGCUGCCGACCUGGACGCGCGCCGCGCCAAUGGCUAUCGAAACCUGCUGUCACCGCUAUUGCGAGGCAACCUCAACAUGCUGCCCCACCAGCCCGGGGUGCCGCGAGUGCCGCUGGUAAUUGAGGACCGCAUCUGCAACGCACUGGAGGCCCUGUUUGGCGAGGUGGAUUUCUGGCUGCAGCCCGCCGGAUGGGCCACGCAGUUAGGCAAACUGUUGGACCAUUUGCGGUACAACUACAAGUCAGCCCGGGAGGCAUUGGAGCAGGAGGAGGGGGCUGCGGCUUCCGCCGCCGCCCGCUUCAGCGGCGCGGAGGUGGUGCUGCUGCUGGAGGAGAUGCUCAUGAAGGUCGGCGUCUUCCGGGAAGCCUGGACGACGCAGCUGCGCGAGGCGUGGAUCGCCAGCCUGCGGGAACCUGGUCACACGGUGCGCGAGGUGGCACUGCACGUGCUGGCACUGCAGCAGUUUGUCAACACGGCGGACUCGCAGCACGUGCUGACGCGCGCUGGCUUCCAGCGGCGAGUCAGCGAGGCCAGGUGCCCUCUGUACUUCCCUGGCCCCAACGAGUCUGUCAUCGUGCUAAAAACCGGUAUUUACUACCACCUUGAGAAGUUCUACAACAUGGCUCGGGCCAAUAACGACAUGACGUUCGCGAGGGAGCUGAUUGUCCUGCGGGAGCGCGUCAACCAGCUGCACUUCGCACAGCGCUACCGUGUGGCUUGCCUCUCCUACCGAACGUACCCGGUGUCGCCGCAGGCCGAGGCGGCGCAUGCCGCGGCCGUGGCAGCAGCAGCCGCCCAGCAGCAGGCCAGGGGUCCGGAUGGCGAGCCCAUCGAGAUGGCCGUGCCGCCACCCCCGCCGUCGCGGCCGCCCUGCAUGUGGAUGUUGCUGACGCCGCUGCGCGCGCAACUCCCACGGUUUGAGCAGGCCACGAGCGAGCUCGUCCUUCCGCUCUACAUUGACAACACGUUGCCACAGGAAAAGGACUGGCAGCCGGGCGACCGCUGCCGCAUGUACGUGGGCGGCAAACAGGGCGCCAAGGUCAGUGGCAGCUGGUAUAAGGGCAAGAUCCUCCAGGACUUCGACCCCUGGGAGAGCGUCACGGUGGAGUGGGACAAGGCGGGCGUGGAGAACACGCAGGGCCGGGUAUGUCCCUGGGACAUUGAAGUGGACCCCGAAGCGGAGCGACGCCUGGCGGAGGAGCGCAAGCGCGCAGCGGAAGCCGAGGCGGCGGCGGCAGCUGCGGCGGCAGCCGCCCGCACUCAGCGCACAGUUGCAAAAGAGCGGGUUGCCAAGCUGGUGCAGGAUAUGGGCGAGGAGGACGACGAUGAGUACGUCCCUAGCGAGCCCAGCGACACUGACAGCGAUGUGAGUGAGGGUGGCGGGAAUCACCGCUCCCGCGGCGGCCGGGGUCGGAAAGGUCGUGGUGGUCGCGGCGCGCGCAACGACGACCAGCAGCAGCAGCAGCAGCCGUCCCAGCCGCAGCAACAGCAGUUUAGCAAUGUGCCGGGCAACAUGUCCCAGCUGCAGGCGCAGCAAUUUCUGCAGCAGCGCUCCAUUGCGCUGUUCCAGGCGCAGCAGGCGCAGCGGCUGGCGAACGCACCAGGAGGUGCAGCGAGCGCGGCUGCAGGCACAACGGCCGCUCUGCUGGCACAGCUGCAGGCGCAGAUCGGACACCUGCCGGCCGCCACGCAGGUUCAGCUGCUGCAGCAGAUGAUGAUGCCCCAGCGUGAGAACUUCCACUGCCUGCUGAUCAACUGGUACCGAUCGCGCGGUGUGCUGCGCUACCGCCUUCCUCAGCUAGCGGGCAAGGACCUCGACCUCCACAAGCUCUUCCUGGAGGUGCACCUGCGUGGCGGCUACGAGGCCGUGGUCCUGAAGCAGCAAUGGCAGGAGCUGUGCGUAAACCAGGGCAUCCAUCCGCAGAUGGCCGCCAGCGCCAGCCAGCCCAACACACCCGCGGCCGCCGCUCUUCGUGCCCACUACGAGCGCUGCCUGCUGGACUUUGAGGACUACGUCACCGCCGGUCAGUUCGAGCAGGACGUGGCGACGCAUCGGCUGGUGCCGUUCGACCGGGUGGUCGACGUGCCGGGAGCCACACCGGCAGUAAAGCGUAUUGGUCGCCCGCCGGGUAUGCCCGGGUAA